AUGGCAAACCCGCCGACCAUGUCCCCACCCAUCCUCACCGCGACCGGUUUCCCAUCUUCACCACCAUCCACCGACCCCAUCUCGCCCGUUUCCCGAAGCGGCACAUUCCCUCAUAAGACCGGUCCAGCAGUUGUUACGCAAACACCUCUUAUCGACACGAAUACACCUGCUAUAAACGAUGCGCCGGUCGAGCUAGACGGAGGCGAACUGACUCCGGAGGAACUGAGGAGACGAACAACAGAGGAAGUGGGUGGAGUCAGGGGCUCUAUGCGGUCCCCAGAUGAAGAGGGCAUUGAUGCCGAGUUCCUUGGUGAAGGAGAGGAUUUGGGGAGGGAAGCUAGAGAGGCAUGUCGACACCUCCACGCAGGGACCGUUUAUCAAGCGCAGACAGGCAAACGGGCAGCCAUGUUGGCCUCGCGCUCGAAAGAUCCCAGCGUUAUCGUCGACGUACCAAAGGAGCCUACGGCUGAGGAGGUCGAGGCUGCGCGAAAGGCAGAUGCGUUGCUACCGCCGGGCAUGAGGGGGAAGAUACCCGAGGCGCGAUGA